UUUACAGCUUAGAAGUCUGAAAAAUCUAUCCUUCUUCUGUUUCAAUGUUUCCAAAGCAAGAGUCAGUAAACUGUGAAGAAUUAUAUGAAAGGACAAACUAGUGUAAAACUCCGCAAAACAAUUGAAUAGAAGGAAGUGCUCGUCACUGACUUUUUUCCCCUGUGAAGGCACGUUUCCUUCCUAGCCUUUGCUUCACUUAUCUGAGGUGUUUUUUUUUUAAAGAGAAGCAUGGGGAGUUGUUAGAUGGAAAAUGGAUCCUUUAUUUCAUGUCCUGAUUUUUACCUGCCUCGCCUUCACAAUCUCAGAAGGGUUUCUGAUUAUCCAUGUUCCAAGAAAUCAGUGUCUUUAUGGAACCAAAACAGUAACUGUGGGUUACUGCAAUCUGACCAGUCCCAACCAGCAGUGGAAAUGGACAGAGGAUGAGAAACUGCUCCACCUUAAAUCGGGCCAAUGUCUAGGCAUCUCCAGGAUCACUGCUCCAUCUUCUCGCAGCACCAUGAUUGACUGCCCUCAGGCACCUAGAUGGACCUGCCAUGAAAAGGAAAAUGCCCUUCAGGUGGCAAAUAGCUCUCUUUUUCUUACAAAACAAGGCCAGAAGGUAAUGGUCAAGCUGGGCAAAAAAUACCUCCACAGCUGGAUGCAAUUAGAUGUCAACAAGGAGGGAAGACCUGUCUAUAGAAAUGUGUGCCUAGAGAAAGAUCUCCAAGAUAUAGAAACUCCAGGACAAAACCACAGAAGUACCUCUUCCCCUUUUACUGUUCUUACAUCUAGCCCUGGGAUCUUCAUGAGGGGCAGCUCACAAAUCUUCAUAAAAAAUGUUACAGAAAACGACAAUAAAAGUGUUAUUGAAAGAGUCCGUCUGAACCCAAAGUCGGCAGUGACAGAGAAACCCUGGAUUCCAACAACUACCCAUCAUUACUCUAGUACUACAGAGGAGGACGGCGGCGCGGAGCCGGCGCGCUGCCCCAUCGAGCGGCCGCAGUGGCGGGCGGCCGCGCAGGCAGUGUACGUGCGCUGGAGCAGCGCGGGGCCGCCCUGCAACUUCAGCCUGAGCGCCCAGCCCGGCCCCGCUGCCUGCCAGCCCGUGCGGCGCCACAACGCGACCUACACCGCCAGCUGCGACCCCCUGCAAGCCGGGACCCUCUACAGCUUCCGCGUCCAGGCGCUGACGGGGCCCGAGGCCGCCAACAUCUCCCUGCGCACAGAUCCUUUACCACCUGCUAAGUUUGAACUUAAUAAAGACAAAACUACAUCUACAAGCUUACAGGCCUGGUGGAGUGCAUCUCCAGGAAGGGUAGACUUUUAUGUGUUACAGCUAUAUGAUCGUAGUAAUAAACAGAUAAAGGAGAUCCCAAUAUCAGGAGGUGUUUCCAGAACAGAGCAGACCUUUUCCAGUCUCAUCCCUGGUAGCAAAUACAGUAUUGUCCUAACUGCAGUUGCUGGAAAUAAAAGUACCUCUGCACUUCAGAUCAGUGGGUCUACUGUUCCCUCUCCUGUGAAAAAUAUUCAGGUCAUUGUCAAGACGGACACGAUCAGUGUUUCAUGGGAACGUGGUUCUGGGAAUGUGGAUCAAUACAGGCUGGUAUUGCUGGAUAAUGACAAAAAAAAUCAGGAGAUUAAGCAGGAGGAACACUUAACCGCCUACACUUUUUCUGGACUUACAGCAGGACACCUGUAUAAUCUCUCUGUCAUAACUGAAGCUGCAGGGCUGGAGAGCUACAACUUUAAACUUGUUAGGACAGCCCCAGCAGAAGUGUCAAAUUUGAUGGUGACUAAUGAAGGCAGCUUGGAUACAUUAAAAGUUGUAUGGAAAAGGCCUCCAGGAAACCUUGAUUUUUAUAAUAUUACACUGUCUUACCUUGGCUCCAUUAAAGAAACCAAAACUUUACCACCCCAGGUUACACAGACUCAAUUCAACAAGCUAACUCCAGGAUGUCUUUACCAUGUUACUGUCAGCACGAUAAGUGGUGAACUAGUCACUGUUAAGAUGGCAACUGGCAGGACAGUUCCCCAGAAAGUUUCUAAUCUGAAAGCAAGUAGUGGUGGUUGGUUGAGAUCUCUGAGAGUGAGCUGGCUGCCCCCUGCGGGAGACUGGGAAAGGUACAAUCUUGUGCUUCUGAACCUUUCAACUGUGCUGCUGAACACUACAAUUGAGAAAGACCGAACAGAAUAUGUCAUCCAUGAUAUAGGACUCAUCCCAGGAAGACAAUAUGAGGUGGCAGUUAUAGUGGAAAGUGGAAAUUUACAAAAUGCUGCUCAUUGCAAGGGCCGAACAGCUCCGCAUCCUGUUCUUCAUCUCCGUAUAAAGCAUACCAAUGAAUCUUCACUUAGUAUUAUGUGGGUAACCCCUAUUGCAGAAUGGGACAAUUAUGUGGUUUCAUUGGAAGAUACUGGUCUUACUGUCAGAAACAAAGCUCUUGCAAAAGAAGCUAAAGAAUUCACCUUUGCUGAUUUAGAUCCUGGGAGAAAAUACACAGCUAUUGUCACCAGCUUUAGUGGGGAUUUAAGCAACUGGACUUCAGUAGAAGGAAGAACAGUGCCAGCUCAGGUGACUAGCCUAACUGUGGAAAACCAAGGAACAACCAACAGUCUGUUCACCAAUUGGACAAGGGCAGUGGGAGAUGUAGAGUCAUACCAAGUGCUGCUGAUUCAUGAAAAUGUAGUCAUUAAAAAUGAGACUGUACCCAGUGAGACCAACAGAUACCACUUCCAUUCCCUGAAACCUGGAGGCCUCUACUCAGUGGUCGUGACCACAGUUAGUGGAGGAAUAUCUUCCAGACAAACAAUUGCAGAAGGAAGGACAGUUCCUUCCAGUGUGACUGGAGUAACAGUGAAUAACUCAGGUCGGCGUGACUACCUCAGUGUUUCUUGGCUGCCAGCUACCGGAGAUGUAGAUAGCUAUUUGGUAACACUCUCUCAUAACGGCCAGACUGUUCAGACUCUGACUAUUUCCAAAUCCUUCAGUGAAUGUUCCUUUAACAGCCUCACUCCUGGAAGACUCUACAAUGUGAUGAUAACCACAAAAAGUGGGAAAUAUGAAAAUCAUUCCUUCAGUCAGGAAAGAACAGUACCUUCCAGUGUUCAAGGAAUUGCUGUCAGCAAUUCAGCAAGAAGUGACUAUUUAAAAGUGUCCUGGCUGCACGCCACUGGAGAUUUUGAUAAUUAUGAAGUGAUCAUCAAGAACAACAAUGACUUCAUCCAAACUAAAAGUGUCCCCAAAGAUGCAAAUGAAUGUGUGUUCAGUAAACUGGUCCCAGGGAGGCAGUACAGCAUCACUGUUAGCACAAAGAGUGGAAAAUAUGAGACUAUGGAAAGGGUGUAUGGAAGAACAAUGCCAGAGUCAGUAAAGAGUCUGUCUCUUAGUAACAGAAGCACAGAAGAUCUGCGAGUUACCUGGUCAAAGGCUGAGGGGGAUGUUGAUAAGUAUGAGAUUCAGCUGCUCUUCAAUGACAUGAAGGUCUUCCCGCCCAUUUUGCUUGGAAACACCAUUGAGGAGUAUCAGUUCACGGCUCUCACCCCGGGACGCCUAUACAAAAUUUUUGUCUCAACAAUUAGUGGCAAUGCACAGUGUGCUACUUUCAUAGAAGGACUGACAAUUCCAAGUGCAGUCAAAAACAUUCACAUUUCCCCCAGUGGGAUGACAAACAGCCUAAAAGUCAACUGGACUCCUGGAGCAGGGGAUGUUGAUUCCUACACAGUGAUGUUAUUUCAGCAAAGCCAUCAGCUUGAUUCCCAGACUGUCUCGAAGCAUGUCUAUGAGCACAUAUUUAACAAGUUGGAAGCAGGGGAGCAGUACCGAGUUGUGGUGCAGUCUAACAGUGGCACUUUGCACAACAAUUUAGCAGCUUUUGGGAGAACAAUUCCAGCCUCUGUCCGGGAAUUAUCUGCCAAUAAUGCCUACAGCAGUCAUUCCUUAUUAGUAACUUGGCAGAGUGCUGGUGGUGUGGCUGAAAGAUAUGAUAUUCUUCUCUUAAAUGAGCAAGGGACCAUACUGAGCAACAGAUCGGAGCCAGCUACUGCUAAACAACACAAGUUUGAAGACUUAGUCCCAGGCAAGAAGUACAAAAUACAAGUUUUGACAGUCAGUGGUGGGCUGUUCAGUAGAAGAACAGACACUGUUGGCCAAACAGUUCCAGCAGCGGUCACAAAUCUGAAGAUCACAGAAAGCACCACUGAAUGCCUGUCCUUCAGCUGGACUGCCUCCAAGGGAGAAUUAGACUCAUAUGAUAUCUUUCUGUACAAUCCAGACAAAUCCCUUCAGCACAGAAUUUCAGGGGACCAGAGCCUUGAGAAGUGUUCUUUCCCGAACUUGCAGCAAGGCAGGAUGUACAGAAUGGUGAUUGUUACCCACAGUGGAGACCUUACUAAUGAGUCAUCUAUCUUUGGAAGAACAGUUCCAGCCUCAGUUGUUAAUCUCAAAGCAUCUAACAGAAACAUGACGGACAGUCUUUGGUUCACCUGGGGCCCAGCAUCAGGAGAUGUAGAUUUUUAUGAACUAAAUCUUUAUAAUCCAAAUGGCACACAGAAGGAAACAUGGCAGAGGAAAGACCUGAGAGAGUGGCAUUUCCAAGGGCUGGUUCCUGGCAGAAAAUACACCUUGGUUGUAGUAACCCACAGCGGUGACCUGACUAAUACAGCAAAUGCUGGGGGAAGAACAGCACCCAGCCCUCCUAAUGCUGUAUCAUUUGCUGAUGUUGCAAACACCUCCCUAUCGAUCACUUGGAUGGGCCCUUCAGAUCGGACAGAUUAUGAUGACUUUGAGUUGCAGUGGUCCCCAAAAGAUCAUCUCACAGUAUUCAACCCUUACAGCAGCAACAAAUCAAAGGGGCGUAUUGUGUACGGACUUCGACCAGGGAGGCUUUAUAAGUUCAGUGUUAGGACUGUCAGUGGUAACAGUUGGAAGACAUAUAGUCAAACAGUGUCUGAAACUGUGAGAACAAAACCAGACAGGAUACAAAACCUUCAUUGUCGACCACAGACCUCUACUGCCAUAGCAUGUUCCUGGGCUCCUCCUGACUCUGACUUUGAUGGAUAUAACAUUGAGUGUAAAAAAAUGGAUACUGGGGAAGUUGCAUUUUCCAAAAGGAUAGAGAAAGAGAAAUCUUUGUUUAACAUCAUGACACUAGUACCCCACAAGAGAUACAUGGUGUCCAUCAGAGUACAUUCUGCAGACAUGACCAGUGAAGUAGUUGAAGACAGCACUAUCACUAUGAUAGAUCGCCCCCCUCCUCCACCGCCACAUAUCCGAGUGAACAAAAAAGAUGUGCUGAUUACCAAAUCCUCCAUCAACUUUACAUUCAACUGCAGCUGGUUCAGUGACACCAAUGGAGCUGUAAAGUACUUUACUGUGGUUGUGAGGGAGGCUGAUGACAACGCAGAGCAGAAGCCAGAACAGCAUCACCCGCUACCUUCAUAUUUGGAGUACAAGAACAAUGAUACCAUUCGAAUCUACCAAACAAACUAUUUUGCGAGCAGAUGUGCUGAAAACCCUGACAACAACUAUAAAAGCUUUGACAUUAAGCUUGGAGCUGAGAUGGAAAGUCUAGGAGGAAAAUGUGAUCCAGAUCAGCAGAAAUUCUGUGAUGGGCCACUGAAGCCUCGGACUGCCUAUAGGAUCAGCAUACGGGCUUUCACCCAACUCUUUAGUGAAGACCUAAAGGAAUUCUCCGAACCGCUCUUUUCAGAUACCUUUUUCUCUUUACCAAUCACUACAGAAUCAGAGCCUAUGUUUGGAGUUGUUGAAGGUGUAAGUGCUGUUUUGUUUCUCAUUGUGAUGUUAGUGGCUGUGACCGCUUUGUUUGUCUGCAGACAUAAAGUUAGCAGCAGCCAUGAAAGACCCACAGCAAGGCCAAGCAUUCGCAGGGACAGGCCGUUGUCCGUCCACCUAAACUUGGGGCAAAAAGGGAGCCGGAAAACUUCCAGCCCAAUAAAAGUAAAUCAGUUUGAAGCACACUUCACCAAACUCCAAGCAGACUCCAACUACCUCUUGUCAAAGGAGUAUGAGGACUUAAAAGAUGUGGGUCGAAACCAGUCAUGCGACAUAGCACUUCUGCCAGAGAACAGAGGGAAAAAUCGAUACAAUAAUAUAUUGCCCUAUGAUGUGUCAAGAGUGAAGCUUUCCAAUGUAGAUGAUGAUCCCUGUUCAGACUAUAUUAAUGCAAGCUACAUAGCAGGCAAUAAUUUUCGCAGGGAAUACAUUGCUACUCAGGGCCCUCUGCCUGGCACCAAAGAUGAUUUCUGGAAGAUGGCAUGGGAACAGAAUGUUCACAAUAUUGUCAUGGUAACCCAGUGUGUUGAAAAGGGCCGGGUGAAAUGUGAUCAUUACUGGCCCCUGGACCAGGAUUCCUUGUAUUAUGGAGACCUAAUAGUGGAGAUGCUGUCUGAGUCAGUGCUUCCAGAAUGGACAAUACGAGAAUUUAAAAUUUGCAGUGAAGAACAACUUGACUCGAAGAGACUCAUACGUCACUUUCAUUACACAGUGUGGCCAGACCAUGGAGUACCAGAGACCACACAGUCCCUCAUCCAGUUUGUCAGAACUGUGAGGGAUUACAUCAACAGGACUCCAGACACUGGACCAACCAUUGUGCACUGCAGUGCCGGUGUUGGUAGAACAGGCACAUUCAUUGCACUGGAUCGAAUCCUUCAACAACUAGAUUCAAAGGAUUCUGUGGAUAUUUAUGGAGCAGUGUAUGACCUGAGGCUGCACAGGGUUCACAUGGUUCAAACAGAGUGUCAGUAUGUCUAUUUACAUCAGUGUGUGAGAGAUGUUCUACGAGCAAGAAAGCUACGCAAUGAACAAGAAAAUCCAUUGUUUCCAAUCUAUGAAAAUGUGAAUCCAGAGUAUCACAGAGAUGCUGUUUAUUCAAGGCACUAAGAAUGUCUCAGGUGCCUGCUUUUGUGAUCAGAGCUGUAACUGGGGGGGGUUGUGGGUUUUAAAAAAAAAUAUUUCAUGCACUAGAGAAGUGCCAGACAUUUCUAUUGAGACUGUGUAUAAUUUAUUAGUCUGGUGUUUUUUUUAAAAAAGAUAUAUAAUUUAAGUGUAAUAGAUAUUAUUGUAUAUAAUUGUAUUUUGUUAUGUAAAUAUGUAUUUUUUCUAUAAUGUUUAUAUUAAUAUUAAGCUUCAGAUAAUACUAUUUUUCCUUACUACAGUUUUUUUAACUGUUCUACAUCACCUGUUUUAACCUGUAUGGCUGCGGAGUUUGGGACAGGUUGUAUGUUGGCGCUUACUUAGCAUACAGGGAAAUAUUCUUUAAGGAUGGUCACAUUUUUAACUGGCUUAGUGUUCCUGAGAUGAAAUCAGCUAUGUAUUGGAUAAAAGAGUAGUUCUGCAUAGGAUUUAUAGGGCUUUUCUAGCCUUUAAACUGAUUGCUUGUGAUCUGACCAAAAUGUGAUCUGACCUAUAACACUAGGGUCACCAUGAUGUACCACUUACAGUACCAACAUCAAACAACAACUAGAAUAGAGUUCUCCUCACUAGAAGCCACUCUUUCAGAUUAAUCUAGAAGUUAGUGGGAAAAUAUGAGCCUACGAUGCCCUGCAGUCUAGUAGAACUUCUUUUGUCUGUUGGGAGAAUGGGUCAGAUUCUGAUUUCUUUAGAAUACUGUAACCAAGGUCAGAAUCUAACCACAGGACCUGUACAUUAUCAUCUGAAUAUGGCUAAUAGGAGAAAGCUUCAAUUGAUAUAUGUACAUUCCCAAUGACAGACCUACAGACUCUUACAAGGGGCAGUCUUUGUCACUUUGUCAUGACACCUUAAAAGGUAGGCAGGACUGGAUUACAGGUGCCUAGGAUACCGAGAGUCUAAAAAUGUACAGCUCCCCAGUACAAAUUGUGGGAUCUGGCUGCCUGUAUCACUGCUAAACAUUGGUGAUCGUUCUUUCCUCCUGAAGAGACAUUUCUCCUUAAGUUAUGGUAAUCAGAAUACUCUAUUGAAUGUCAUUUGUCUGUCUUCUAAAAUUCAUUUUGAAUUAAGAGGAAAGGGAAAUGCCAAUAUUAAAAUAUCAUUAGAAAUUCUUUUAACAUACUAUUGUUUCCAAAAGGAGAAAGAAAAGGCAUGGUAAUUCUGCUGCUUUAUAAUCUCUUCCCACACAGUUUAUCUUGGGAAAGUUUGCCUGCCACACAAGACAAAAGCUAAGAACUUUCCUUGACAGCAGUAAUAUCACUGCUUGGAGGAAAGGAUUUUUUUUUUUUCAGAUAAGCUUCCAGAACUCUAAAUUCCUUAUUUUUGGCAUGUCAAUCCUUCCAUUACAGGCUAGUUAGAUACUGUCCGGGUGAGACUUAAUGGGCAUCCCCCAGUCAUGGGGAGAAAAUGGCUCAUUCCUCCAAAAUAUUAUCCAAAAUAAAAAAUGAAUUAUAGAUUAUGGUUUGGAUGAAGAAACUUACCCAGGUUUCGGAGACAGAGAGAAGGAACCAAAGUCUUUUCUUUUUUUAUCAUUGGGGUGGCUGAGUCCUGGUUACAGGAGGGACGACCAUGAAAAGUGACAUGACAGGAGCAAAACCUGAGGCUGUCCUUACAGAAUCUCCCCAGGUCUUUCCAUCGAGUAGGGCAGAUACAUUUGUCCAACACAGAACAAGCAGGGAUUUCUCCCCCAAGCCUCACCAAGCUCUCAGAUUCUACUGCAAGGAAAGAAUUAUCCAUGCCAUGCCUCUUCCCCUCGCACUCACUCUGGAGCGUCCCCAGAUUCUUGGCUGGUUAUCCUUUCUGCAGCUGUACUGGAGGCCGCCUUUUCCAUGAAGUUUCCCAGUCUCUGAGCUGUGUUAAUUCUUCAGACAGUUCUACAUGAGAAUGAUGUUUGCCCUCCAUGCCUCAGGUGGGAACCUCAGGAUUCCCUGGGCACCCCCUUCAUGGGGUCAGCAGAAGAAGGGAAGAACCAGGUAGAGGUAGCCAACCUCUACUUCCUCACCUGGAGGGGAAGAGUUUUGUAUGGUUAAGGAGAAAUGAUAGUCCUCCAUAGGUCCAUGACCACAUUGUCCCUCUCAGUGGCAGAGCUCUAGUUGUCUAAGUCAGUGGCAAACAAGCAUGACACUUCUAUGUAUGUAACCUCCUUCCUCCUUAAACUAGGACAGGUUAGCAGAGGUGGGACCUGCAUCUAUAAAGCCACCAGCAGCUUUUUCUUGUGUGUGUUAGUUUUAGCCCUUAUCUUUUCACUCUUUUUUUUCAACAAUGACUAAGCUAAAGCAUGAGGUUAGUUACCAAGAGAAUACUUACAGUGAAAAAGAAUAUCAAAUGUACCAUAUAAAUUAUCCCCUGCUAUAUGUGACUGUGUCAUUUUUUUGCUGAGAAAAUUAAACUGUGGUCAAUAAUAUAUGAUCCCAGGACAAGGGUCUGUGACUGUAAAUUGUGCAUAUAUGUAGUUCAUCAUUUUUAAUAGAACACAAAUCAUCCUCCUCUUUUUGUUCUUUCUAAAUUCCCUCCACUACACCCUCAAAGUUCACAAAUCAGCAGCCAAAAACAAUGGUGUCCAGGCAGAUAGCUAUGUUCAUCAUUUCUUCAUGCUAAGAUUGUGCAUAGUUCAUAAAACCUUUUUCUCCUCAUUACUUCAUAAAGUAAUGAUUGGCUCUAACCACUCUGGUAAAGUGGUCUUGAAAAAUUUUUCAUCUCUGCCUAGAUAGACAAAUAAUAUAUGCCACAUAAAACUGCAUAACACACAAUAUCAUCCUUGUUCCAUUUCCUAACUAGUAAGUUUACAUAAUCAUAUGAAGCCAGAUAAAUUGUAUUGAAAAUCAAUAAGCAAGCCAGCAUCCAUGUAGCAUCCUUUCAUGUAAGACACCUAUUAAUUUAAUUAAUUAAUUAUAUGCACUCUGCCUCCCAAAUUAAGUAGCAGGACUGAUGGGAAAUUGUUACUGUAGAAAGGAUGGAUUUGAAGGAGACAGUACUGAAAGAAGAUUACCCUUAAGGGAAAUCGUUCCUUCAGCAAACAAGAUUUUGAUAUGCUUUAUGAUGACCAGAAACCUCCUCUUUUUUUCCCAAAAGUAAGGUUAAAAAAGAAAUACUAAUAUAUAAUUGUUAAUCCAUAAAUUUAAGAUUUACACACCUGCAGCCCAAUCCUGCAGACCUCUAUAAAUACAGACAUGGUUUUAUUCAUGUGAGUAAUCCAGCUCAAUUUAAUGGAAAUACUUACAUGAGAAAUGUCAAGCAAGAGCUUAAGUGUUUCUAGAACUGAGCUUUUAGUUAACUCAUAAUGUUUGGAUUAUAAUGUGUUUAAUAAUAAAAAGGUCAUACUUUUAAAUCUGUGCAAUACAAAUACAAGAUCUGCUACCACAUUUAGCAAAAGUGCUUUCACAUAGCUCGAGUUUUAUUUUUUUUAAAAAAAGGUCACUAAAAUAAAUGAUAGAAAUAGGCAUACUGUGAAGAUGUCAUAAAAGUGCAACUUUAUAAAUUUUCUCUGCUGCUAUAGUUAUUUAUAUAGCUGAUUGAUUAAUAUUGCCAAAAAUAGUACUUUAUGGCAUAAUACAUAGAUUUCCCAUUAGGUGUAGUACCCAAGAAGAAGAAUGAGCCUCCUUUAUAUUUCAGUUGUGUAUUGUUUCCUGGUAUAUAGGCUUUGAUUUGACAACAGUGAGCACACAAACACUUGGAACAUAGCAGUGCUCCAGUGCUUAACGCUAAAAUCUUGGAUAAAGGGUAUGAGAAUAAAGACUGAUUAUACUAGCAACUUGUCCAAGGGUUACAGGUUGUAGCACCUCACCUGUGAUAUGAAAGUAUGGCCUACAGCUACUUCAGGUGGUGUUUGUAUGCAAGUUUUUAUCCAUGACUGGCUUGCAUCUCAAUUGUAUGCAGUUAUUUAAAUUUCUCCCAGCACUUCCAGGACAUUCACUUGAGUCAACAGGCUGAAAUGUAAGAUGGCAAUCAUUUUAUUGAUGGCACUCUACCCACUCUUACAUUUCUGGGCUCCAGGACAAUGUUGAAUUGUAGGAACAAUAGUCCUUGGAGGCUCAUCUCUGAACUUACAGUGAGGCUGCAGUGUAGUACCUGACGGGUUCAUUUUGGCAUGCAGGCUUUUGACCUCCCCUUUCCUCACUGCUGGAUUGAAACUUCUGACAUGCUUUUAAAACCUGUAUCACCAAAGCAAAUAAGUGUAUUAUUCUUGAUUUACAUGUUAGAUCAAUGACUAGUUUCCACUUGGGUUUUUGAAAGACUUUGGCAGGAAAUACAUGAUGAUGAUGGAGUAGUUUUAUAGUGAGCGAAUACUGUGGGGCUUAGUAUGCAGUAUCAGUAAUGCUGGAUGAUUUGCAAAUGUUUUUAAAAAAAUUUUUUUUGGUUAUACAGUGGAUAUAGCGGUCUGUAAUGGAGCAACAUUUUGUAUUGCAAAAAAAAAAAAAAAGUUUUAUAAAUGGAUAGCCGUAAAUUUUGUGCCUAUGCCUGAGGUCAAGUCCUUGAACAAUGUCUUCAGUAUAUAUUCUGUUUUGAUAUGCUAUAUAAUUACUUAUAUUGGUGUUCCUAACAAGCACUGAGUGAACACACAACCAUGCUACUAUUGUCAAUUUAAUUUAUGUAUUUGUUUAGUAUAUUUUUAUAUUUUUAAUUACAGUCAACAAAUCAAAUAUGUUUGAGUAUAUUUUACACAUUUUAAUGAAUUUUUCAUGAAUAAAACUGUUCAUUUAAAAAUCCUAUUGUUGUCUUCCAUUUGACUGCUUUUGCAUGAUAGAUUUUUUUUGAUUUGCUGUUCAGAGAAAAGGUUAUAAGUGAGUUUGAUUUUAAAUGAGAGAGUCUUCACAGAACAUUAAUUUCAUCAGAGACUGGUACCUUCAUUUUUUCUGCUCAGCUGUACCUUUACUGUGUCAGUGCAUCACA